CAAACGCUUUGGACGGCACGCUCGCUGUUCAGAGGGCUUGGGAUGGCUUCAGAGUACAGUCAACUAUCCCAUAGACUCAGGAAACGAAUCGAUCGCGUAUUCGACGAGGCAAUAAAUGCGACGCCUAGGGAUAAGCGCGUGUCUGACGACUCUGAGGAAUCUGGUCGUCCAUAUAAGCGCCGCAAAACAACCCAAAAUAUUCCUAUGAGGGCGAUGCCUGACGAGGAAGCAGGAGGUUUCCUCCUAGACGCAGACGAGGCUGCAGGUUUUCUCAUUGAUGACCCUACUUCAUCCAGAACAGAAUCUCACGAGAACGGUACGGAUGUAAAGCCCCCAGCUCCGUACAUUCGACUCACUGAUAUCCCAACUGCGCUGCAGAGACUUGACCUGCCGCCAGAUGAUGAAGAUGUCUUAGCCACCUUCAGAAGUGCCGCCUUCGGAUGGGGAGACUCGUCUAAUGGAGAACACGGUGUGAAACUCGACGACUGGCGCGAGGUUUGUGCUGUGCUACUUAUCGCCCACGAACAAAGCCCCAGUCAGGCCUCUGAUGUAGAUAUGGCUGGGGAAUCGGAUGAUGGUGGCGGUUUCAUACUUGAAGACGACGGAGAUGCCGAAGAUGAUCAGCCCGACGAGUCGAUUGCAGGUGACGAGAAAGAUGGGGAUUUUUUAAUUGAGGACGAAGAGGAUGAGGAUGAGGUAGCACAGGACGAUUCGGAUUAUGAGGCAGACCUCUUGGCCUCAGUCAAAUCCCGAAGGAAGACGCGCAGGCACGCACGUAGAGCAUCUUCCGCCUCCUCCGAUGGCACUUCGGAGCCCAUGACGGCUCGACAAAAAGGGGAAGCCCGGAAAGCUUUUGGACUCUUCUUUCCUGACAUUCCAUUGAUUCGGAUGAGUUAUGACCAGAUUGUUGAAAUGUUGGACGCCUUUUCUACGUCUGCCGACAAGUCUGUCUCCCUCGCCGAUUUUGAACGAAUGGCGAUGGUUGCUCGAUUAGUAUAGUUCCAAGAGGGGCCCUUCUGUAUCUCUGUAUCUUUAUUGUGGAGCAUUCAGGGGUAGUCUGUUAAGUGGAUUUCUUUCUGUUAAUUAAUUGUGGAAUUGACUGCAGGUUCCGAGGGCAGAGAGCGGCGCGCUUCAGGCAUGUUGUCAGAUGUCAUUUCCAGUAUCAUGGCUACGCAUACAGACUCCCUAAUUUGAUGAUAUACUGUACUGAUACACCGCAUACGUUUUGACUUUCAAUGUUUUCCGGAGUCUCAGUUUUGAGCCACCAAACCCAAAUGAUUGUAGGACCCUUUCCAAAGCAAUAGGCCAAGGGAAAAGAAUCAUUGCCGUUGUGUGGGGAUUGGCAAUGACGUCACAGCCGGUUGUACACCACCAACCCGAUG